CCCCCCCAGCUACAGCCGCCACAGCUCCUAUGAGCGCGGCGGCGACGUGUCCCCCAGCCCCUACAGCAGCAGCAGCUGGCGGCGCUCCCGCAGUCCCUACAGCCCUGUGCUCAGACGGUCUGCCAAAUCCCGAAGCAGAAGCCCAUAUUCAUCUAGGCAUUCGCGAUCUCGUAGCAGGCACAGAUUGUCUAGAUCUAGAAGUCGUCAUUCUAGCAUUUCUCCUAGCACACUAACUCUGAAGAGUAGCCUGGCAGCUGAAUUGAACAAAAAUAAAAAAGCACGUGCAGCAGAGGCAGCAAGAGCUGCAGAGGCAGCAAAGGCUGCAGAGGCAGCUAAGGCUGCUGAGGCUUCUGCCAAAGCUGCAAAAGCUUCAAACACUUCUACACCUACCAAGGGGAACACAGAAACUGGUGUCAGUGCAUCACAAACAAACCAUGUGAAGGAUGUGAAGAAACUGAAAAUUGAGCCUGCACCUUCUCCAUCAAGUGGUGGAACUUUAAAAAAUGACAAGGCAAAAACAAAGCCACCUCUUCAGGUAACAAAGGUGGACAAUAAUCUGAUUGUAGAUAAAGCCACCAAGAAAGCAGUUGUAGUUGGAAAGGAGAGUAAAUCUGCAACUACAAAGGAGGAGCCAGUAUCUCUUAAAGAGAAAACCAAACCACUUACACCAAGCAUAGGAGCCAAGGAAAAGGAGCAACAUGUAGCUUUACUGACUUCUACUUUACCACCAUUACCUUUGCCUCCCAUGCUGCCUGAAGAUAAGGAUGCUGAUAGCUUACGAGGAAAUAUUUCAGUAAAAGCAGUUAAAAAAGAAGUAGAAAAGAAACUCCGAUGUCUACUUGCUGAUUUACCUCUGCCCCCUGAGCUACCAGGAGCAGAUGAUCUCUCAAAGAGUCCAGAGGAAAAGAAAACAGCAACACAGUUACAUAGUAAAAGGAGACCUAAAAUAUGUGGGCCUCGAUAUGGUGAAAUCAAAGAAAAAGACAUUGACUGGGGAAAACGCUGCGUGGAUAAAUUUGAUAUCAUCGGAAUUAUUGGAGAAGGUACUUAUGGACAAGUUUACAAGGCCAGAGAUAAAGACACUGGAGAAAUGGUAGCCUUAAAAAAAGUACGUCUGGAUAAUGAAAAGGAAGGCUUUCCUAUUACAGCAAUUCGAGAAAUUAAAAUUCUCCGGCAGCUUAACCACCAGAGUAUUAUCAAUAUGAAGGAAAUAGUGACUGAUAAAGAAGAUGCUUUGGAUUUUAAGAAGGACAAAGGGGCAUUUUACCUGGUGUUUGAAUAUAUGGACCAUGAUCUGAUGGGACUACUGGAAUCAGGCUUGGUUCAUUUUAAUGAAAAUCACAUAAAGUCAUUUAUGAGACAGCUCAUGGAAGGUCUGGAUUAUUGUCAUAAGAAGAACUUUUUGCAUAGAGAUAUUAAAUGUUCGAAUAUCCUUCUAAAUAAUAGAGGGCAGAUAAAACUUGCAGAUUUUGGACUUGCUCGAUUGUAUAGUUCAGAAGAAAGUCGGCCAUAUACUAACAAGGUCAUCACUUUAUGGUAUCGUCCGCCUGAACUGCUACUGGGAGAAGAACGAUACACACCAGCAAUUGAUGUAUGGAGCUGUGGAUGUAUUCUUGGUGAACUCUUCACUAAAAAACCUAUAUUUCAAGCAAAUCAGGAACUUGCACAACUAGAAUUAAUAAGCCGUAUAUGUGGGAGUCCGUGUCCUGCAGUGUGGCCUGAUGUAAUCAAACUACCAUAUUUCAACACCAUGAAACCAAAGAAGCAAUAUCGUCGAAAGUUAAGAGAAGAAUUUGUUUUUAUUCCUGCAGCUGCGCUGGACUUAUUUGAUUACAUGCUCGCCUUGGAUCCUAGUAAGCGCUGCACUGCUGAACAGGCUCUUCAGUGUGAGUUCCUACGGGAUGUGGAGCCCUCAAAAAUGCCUCCACCAGAGAGGUUUUUACACGCUGAGGCAAUGCACCAUAGUAAGAUGGCUGAGAGCCUUCCAUUAUGGCAAGAUUGUCAUGAAUUAUGGAGUAAAAAGCGAAGGAGACAGAAGCAGAUGGGCAUGACUGAUGAUGUCUCAACUAUUAAAGCCCCCAGAAAGGACUUGUCUCUGGGCUUAGAUGACAGCAGAACUAACACACCCCAGGGUGUGCUGCCAUCUUCACAACUGAAAUCUCAGGGCAACUCAAAUGUAGCACCUGUAAAAACAGGCCCUGGACAGCAGUUUAACCACAGUGAAUUGGCAAUUCUGCUAAACCUACUACAAUCUAAAACAAGUGUUAAUGUGACUGAUUUUGUCCAAGUGUUGGACAUUAAGGUAAUCUCUGAGACUCAACAGCAGCUAAAUAAAAUAAACCUUCCUACUGGAAUUUUGGCAACAGGUGAAAAACAGACAGAUCCAUCAACACCACAACAGGAGUCUUCGAAACCGUUGGGAGGAAUUCAGCCUUCUCAGACCAUCCAGCCUAAAGUGGAGACUGAUGCUGCCCAGGCCGCUGUGCAGAGCGCAUUUGCAGUUCUGUUGACUCAGUUAAUAAAGGCUCAGCAGUCAAAGCAGAAAGAUGUGCUGCUAGAAGAGAGGGAAAAUGGAUCGGGACAUGAAGCAUCAUUACAGCUCAGACCACCUCCAGAACCUAGCACACCGCUGUCGGGGCAAGAUGACCUCAUCCAGCACCAAGACAUGAGAAUAUUGGAGCUAACCCCAGAACCAGACCGGCCUCGAAUUUUGCCUCCUGAUCAACGACCUCCUGAACCUCCUGAACCACCACCAGUCACUGAGGAGGAUCUGGAUUAUCGGACAGAAAACCAGCAUGUACCCACCACUAGUUCUUCGCUAACUGACCCUCAUGCUGGAGUGAAAGCGGCUCUGUUACAGCUGCUUGCUCAGCAUCAGCCCCCGGAUGAUCCCAAAAGAGAAGGUGGUAUUGAUUAUCAAGCAGGAGACACUUAUGUGCCCCCUUCAGACUACAAGGACAAUUUUGGAUCCUCUUCCUUCUCUUCUGCUCCUUAUGUAAGCAGUGAUGGUCUAGGAAGCAGUUCUGCUCCACCUUUGGAAAGACGUAGCUUCAUUGGAAACUCAGAUGUUCAGUCUUUGGAUAACUACAGUACUGCUUCAUCUCAUUCUGCUGGUCCACCUCAGCCUUCUGCCUUUUCUGAGUCAUUUCCCAGUUCAGUAGCCGGAUAUGGAGACAUUUACCUCAAUACUGGUCCCAUGUUGUUUAGUGGAGACAAGGACCAUAGAUUUGAAUAUAGCCAUGGUCCUAUUGCAGUCCUGGCAAACAGCGGUGACCCUUCCACAGGGCCAGAGAGUACUCAUCCUUUGCCAGCAAAGAUGCACAAUUAUAAUUAUGGUGGUAACUUACAAGAAAACCCGGGUGGCCCUAGCCUCAUGCAUGGACAAACCUGGACUUCUCCUGCACAGGGGCCAGGAUAUUCACAAGGAUACAGGGGACACAUUAGCACAUCAGCUGGCAGAGGUCGAGGCAGAGGGUUACCGUACUGAGUAUCUGUUUUUCCUCAGGCACAUCAUUUUUAUCUGGAAAGACUUUUCUAGCUGCAAUUUAAGGCAGCAAUCCAAGAGACUUGAAUAAUAUUAAUUCAACAACAGCUUUAUUUUUAUGUGGAGAAGGGUCUUGCAUACAAUAGUUUAAAAAAAGACAAAAAAAACCUUUGCUUAAAUUCAUGCUGUUCUAAACUAGAUCUAUCAAUUGUACAUCUUCACAAAUUCUAGUUAACAGUUUUAUUUUGUAUUCUUGCAGUUUUAAGUGGAUGCUAAUAAUAGGGACAUAAGCCUUUUAUGACCCUCUUGCAGAUCUUCUGAACUAUGCACAUUUGUGCUUUUUUUGUAAGUUUGGACCAACUUUUAUGUAACAAACAGCCCCUCCCUGCCCCCCACUCCAGUUUUACAACAAUCAGAAAGGGCACUGAUUUAUUUGGUAUUUUUCUUUUUACAAAGCUACCUUUAGUCAAAGGUCACUGUCAGUCUUUGCACCUGCUUUCAGUGUUAUUGUGAAAGGUGUACUUUGUGCUCAUUUCAGAAAAUAAAACACAACCUUUCUCUUGAUGCAAAGUUUUAUAAAAAAAAAA